AAAUGGUAGCCCUGCGGGUCGAGGUCGGCUAAGACAGAUAACGUAGUCUAUCAGGCAACCACCCGUUAUCAUGAGUCGUAUAAUUAUCUUGGACGAGGCAUAAUUUACCGUUUUUGCAGGUUUUUCUAACCUUGGAAAACUUCAUCAACUUUGCAGCGGACCGAUUGCGAUGAGUGGAUAUUUGGGCGACUUAUCUUCCAUUCAGGAAAAGUCCCUUGGGGAACUUAAAAAGAUGUUAACAGCAGAGACAACAACGGAUGAGGCCACUCUUCUGAGAUUUCUUCGGGCUCGCAGUUUUGAUUCUAAAGAAGCUUACAGUCAAUACACACAAGCAAAAGAAUGGCGACUAAACAAUGACAUUGAUCGUAUCCUCGACCAUGAUAGACCCUUUGACAAGGAAGUAAGAAAGAUUGUAGCUUGCGGUUUUCACAAACAUGAUAAACUGGGAAGGCCUUGUUACAUUGAACACACAGGAAGAAUGGAUAUAAUGGCACUAUUAAAGCUACCUGCAGACCAGUUUAUUGGCUGGCACAUUUGGAAUAAUGAAAAACAAAUACAAAGAAUGACUGAACUAUCCAAGAAAUUUGGAAAACCUAUAGAAACUAUGGUACAUAUUCAUGACAUGGCUGGAGCAACCAUGCUACUAAGGAAAGCUUUGAGUGCAUUCAAGAAAUUGGCAAGACUUGAUCAAGACUAUUACCCAGAACGAAUGGGCAAGAUAUUUAUUGUGAAUACUCCAUGGGUUUUUCCUGUCCUUUGGAAAAUCGCCAAGAUUUUUGUAGACCCAAAGACCAGAGCUAAAUGUGUAGUACUUAAAAACUCAGAACUACAUAAACUUUGUGACUAUUUUGACCCUGAGGAUCUCCCUGAAGAGUUUGGUGGAACAUGUCGAUGUGAGAAUGGCUGUCUACCCCCGGUACCCAAACACAUGCUAGAAGUAAAAGAUAAUCCUCAACUUGCUGAACAGACAAUAGGAGCAAAGAAAACAUUUACAUACACUGUAGACUGUGAUAACCAGAAGGCUGACCUGUCAAUAGCAUGGUAUUUUAAAGCUACAAGUAAGGACAUUCAGUUUGGAAUUAAGUUCAAGCCCAAGCCUCACUCGGGAUGGAAAGAUCAUGUUGAGGUUAAUGAGAUUUGGGUUGAAGAACUUGAGGCUAUUUCAGACUGUGAAUCGGCAAUUACCGGUUUUUAUGCUCCACCCUGUCCUGGUAUCUGCACGUUAGUUUGGGACAACUCAAACUGCAAGUGGCUGUCCAGGACAAUUAAGUACCAUGUGAUGGUCAGCGAAGUAGACUCGGAUUCAGAUGAAGAAAUUUCGACAAAUCGUAACAAGGAAAAUUCUCAGAGAGCAAGCAUUGUUUGACGUUUGCCAUAUGGAGAGGAUAACUUCAAGGAUGGCCACGGGUCGGUUUUCUCUCUUUUGGGUGGUAUUGUUACUUAUUUAUCGCUAGUACGUAAUUUCGCGAGAGUGGAAGGCGCAAAUUUCGCGAGACUUAGAUUUCGCGAUUUGGCAGAGAAAACGUGUUACAUUUUGCGAAAAUUUUCCAAGGGGCAAUCACGGAAAUACGUAGCAAUGUAAUUGAGCUGCUAUCGCCUUUGUCAGAAGUGAGCAUAGUAGUCAAAUGUUCCCCAGUACACUGUACCUUUCAAGUCGUAACAUUAAUGACCAUCGUAAAUAAGGACUGGUGACAGUUUGAUUACCUUGCUGACCAGGUUGAGUCCUUAUUUGUUUUGAUAUCAACGCGUUUUUAGGAGAGCUAACAUAGUGAAUGAAAAUUCUGUUUUCUGAAUCUCACGAGAUAUUAAAUAUGCUUCUCAUUAUUGGAAGAAAAUGAAAUAGUUGAAGUGAAACAUUCAACUAAUAUUUAAAUAGCCUUGCGUUAUUUUAAGUUCGGAGGUGCACUGUGGAGAGACUUGGUUCUACUUACACCUUUGAUUCGGAAUUAUAUAUCGUGUUAUUUCCAUUAUCGAUUGCUAACCGUAAACAGGGUUAUUCAGCCUAAUCGUAUUGAAAGUCUGCACUCCGGUUAGCCUGAAUAUCACUUCGGUUAGCCUGAAAGCUCCUAAACAUCACUCAGGUUAGCCCAAAUAACGCUCCGUGUUAGCCUGUUCACGGUUAGCUCUCAUUGAUGGAAACGGUAACACGAUUUAGUUAAAAAGUCUACAGUCUGUAGACUGCAUUUUACUCCCGGUCUGCAGUCCGCUGUCUGCGUUUUACACUGACCGAUUUGCAAUGUUAUUUCACAAAGAAAAGUUCAAAAAUUUCAUUUACUGCUAAUUCGUAGCUAUUGUCUUAUUAGCUUAUGACGUGUAUUUAGUGACGUAGGUCCACCUAUAUCACCGCUCUUUGUUCAUUGUAUAUCAAUGCAUUCCUUAUUUAAAUUGUUUUUGCUUUUAUUUUAAGAAGUUAAAUACAACUGCUUUGUUUCACAAAGCGGCAUAGGCAAGAAAUGUGGAUAUUGUAUAGAUCAGGUCUAGUAUGUGAAAUUAUCGUGUGAUGUUUUGGUGUCACACAAAGUUUGAAUUUUUCCAAACAUUUUGUACGUUCAAGCUCUGUUGGAAUGUUUCGCAGUUAAUUUCAAGGGAACCUCUGUGACAAGGGCUGUUUGCCAUAAAAUAGCUAACUUGAUUCUACGAUAGUAAAAGUUGUUUAUCUUAAAAAUAUUUAGCCAAAGGUAAGACGUUUUUAGUAAUCGUUUAUUCAAGAGCAGUUAAUUAAUGGGAAAAAGUCCUCCCCAUUCGGACUUGUGGCAAUGAACCGUUCCCAUGGUUCCUAAUUGUUAAAAUUAUAAUUUUAUUAUAAUGGUCAUAAAUUAGUUAUAAUAGUCAUAAAUUAGUAAUGGUCAUAAAUUAGUUAUUUUGGUGAAACAUGGCGCAUGGCACUUGGCAAAAAAAAAAUCCUUAAUUGAUUGCAUUUUCUCCAGAAAUGAUGGCAACGGUCAUUAAUUAUAAUAUAACAAACGCGAUAGGUGAUGGUAAUGAAACUGCAAAUUCCUUCCUCUUCAACAUCAGAGGUUCCCUUGAAUUUACAGAGUGAGAUUAACAAAAUGUAAAAUAAUAAUCAAUAAGUGAGAACUAAAUUCACAACGCUGCUAGUCGUGGAUGAUUUAUUAACAAGAUCUCAUUACCGUUUCUCGUACGUUUCCUUAUAGUUCUAGUAGGGAGAACUUUUCCGUGAUCAAUUCUUUAGCUUUUGCGAGAGAACAACUGACUCUCUAUACCCACCUGUUUAGUGUCAUGCAGUCAUAUUUUCAUAGUACAUGUAACAAGUUUUUAUAGGUUUUCGUAUCAUCAAAAUUGAA